UUGCAUCUGGCCAGGCCUGGCAAUGGCAAUUACGCAAAGGCAUCGCCAUCGAUUCGAAUGGUGAAGGGUGAAGGGUUCAGGAAACAGGUUGGGGUACGGAGGAUGGAGUAGAAGUAGAUGACUUCGUAGUAGAAGUACUGGUAGUCGCCGAACAGACGAUACUCCUGAUAGGCGACCCACUGCCACCAGCACGGACAAUAUGCGGAUGGUGGGUGCUGAGCCUCUCCUGUGCAAGAAUUUGAACUUUAAACACCUCGCCAUCAUAUCGUUCAAGCUCACUUGCUGAAGAUCUAGAGAAGUUUCCUUCGGACCACGGCAUGCCGUCUCAUGCAGUCCAUCCGGUCGGACUUUGACAACCACUGGAGCUGAAAGAAAACACAUCGAGGACAUCGUGCGAGGGUCAACGUCCAACCGAAAUAGAUUUCAACCUUCACCCGCAUCCCAAGGAAGGCGCCACUGACACUGACUGGGGAUUUGGUGCGGUUGUACGAGUACCACGCCGUCAUCUCGUCCGUCCCGUACCAGCUCAUCGGUAUCGAAGCUGUUUCCAGCAAUUCAUUGGAUCAGGAAAUGUUAUGCUAGAGACCUCAGACCAGCAUUGUUGCACCCCCUCCCCACCCCACGAAUCAUUACUAGCUCUCAGCCGUGGGCGCUUUCAACUCCCAUCGAUAGUACGAUAACACCCUCGUGGCUCUCUUGCACCUGCAAUCUGGUGACCGAGUUGGGAAGCGUCGUGUUCUCUGCAAGAAGAACUAUUGUCUCUCAUCGUAUGUUUUGACUCCUCCUUUAUGUUACUUGUCCACAGGCGAUGUGGGCUUGACUUGCAAUGCUCCCUAACAGUUGGGGUACUGGCUUGCCUCUGACUACACUACUUCAACUUCAAUUCUGGUUGGUGCAAGAGAGGAAGGGUUGGUUGAGUACCUGCGAAAGUUUCGAGAUGUACAAUACCAAUGACCAAUCGUCUUCACACCCUCUGCAGUGCUAUGGACAAGUUUCUCUGUCUUCAACGAUAUCUACAUGGCUGCUGCCCCGUCUGGAUUUGUAAUUGCCCACAACAUAAGUAUUUGUUGUGGAUUUCUACCAUUCUGUUCGAGGAGGGCUACAUUGGAGGUGAUGGGUUGGGCCAAAGUGCAGGCGUCCAGAGAAAUCCCAGUAUUUUUCUCAAUUUGGCGCUCGAAGACUUUGACUACUUCAUCUCUGAAGUCCGUAUUCUAUCUCUUGCUCUGCUAGGUUGAGAGUGCGCGAUCAAGUAGUACAGAUGUUUCCUCGCCACAUGAGCACAAUCCAUGGAUGAGAUGUCUUAUGCCCAUGUUCUAGUCAUCAAAUCGGACGAGAUUCCCUUUCUUCGGAUCCAAGGAGACAUGUCCCGUUCAAUUUGAGGCUGACGGUAAAGCCGCUGCAGGGGAAACACCAGGCUGAUGGUGCAUCUUCUAGGUCUAUGUCUAUGCCAUUGGUACACUAACCAAACCCCCAAAGCCUUCUCCACACUCCAAUCCCUAUCAACCUGAGCUUAGCCACUCAUUCUUACACCCGCUGGCCCACACGGUCGUAUCUCUACACCCCGUCGGCUGCCACAUGCUGUCCAUGAUCGUCAACGCCUUGGUGACGCUCAACGUCUGCCAUUCUUCCCUCGAUUUGGGCACCCAGUGUUCUUUCAGCCUGACCAAGUCUGUCUGAGAUACCUGCAACUAUCCGAUCAUUCAUUGGUAGACUUCCAGUCUGCCCGAUAUCGAUUCUCCUUAUCCCCGUACUUGCAUCAUCUCACUCAGGAACUAGCCUUCUUCGACCUCCUCAAACCGCGUACAGGAUCAACAGUUAUCAUUGGAGCACCAAAUACACCAUCACGCUGUGCAGUUUUGUUCAACCUACCAAAGCCCCCCGCAUCGUGGGAACAAUACACGUGUAUUCGGCACCUAUUUAGAUCUGUGUCUCCAAAUCCACUGGUUGCACUUCGGCUCCCUAAAGACCUUUCUCUUUUUUUGGCCUUACCCGUCCACAAAUACACUUUUCGAGUCUCAAUUGAUCCUGAAUUUCUCCGGCUCCACCGUCCUAUUGGUAGCACUCGCUCACAGCAAUCGCCUCCUCUCUGGAUCUUGUUGUUAUAUACACCUUCAGCUGCCCCGCAGUUAAGACAACAUCAGCCGUCGAUCUCUUAGCGCGGGUGCCAAACUGCCACUAUCGCACGAUUGAGAGACAUCCGUCCCGCUUUACACUAAACUGUUCAAUACUACCGGUCGAGAGAUAAGCACCAAGAAAAACCACGUGGAGCACAUUUACGCCAAUCUUGGCUAUUUCGUUUGAUUAUUACUCUACUCCAUUCAGUAUGGAAAACUCUUCGGCUUCUCCUGAAACUGGAGACGUGGAAAACGAUGCCACUGUAGAUUCCGGAGAACAACCUAUUGCUAGGAAGCCGGGAUCGAAAGGACAAGGACGUAAGAGGACCAAGACAGGUUGCCUAAGUGAGCAUUUGAUCCAGAUAGUGCUCUUAUGGAGAAUUGAAUAAGACAGAAUGCUAACUUGAGAGUUUCUCAGCCUGUCGGAAGCGUCGUAUAAAAUGUGGCGAAGAACGACCUACGUGUCACAACUGUACCAAGUCCAAGAGGCAAUGUGAAGGGUACAAUCAAAGAGUGGUGUUCAAAACACCUAUCAACAACUUCGGUCCUCCAGCCUCUUUUAGUUCUGCAUCAAGCGUACCUGGCCAUUCAAGUCAGUCGAAAAAUCGCCGUGGUAGUCAAAUCCAGUCGGCUGCAACUCGCUCUACAACAGCUCCCAAAUCCUCAAGCACAUCACCCGCACCAGUCAACACACCUGUAUCAAGGGUAUCAUCAAUUCCGUCUGAUAGCGGCUUGUACUCGUUUCAAACAAGUGUGACUCAGGAGAACUUUCCCAAAACACAGCAGCAUACACAGUCCUUUGACGCAAAAACAGAUACUGUCGAUUACUCCCAUAUCCCUGAACCAGCUCAGAUUCAAUUUCAAGAAUACCAUGUCCCUUAUCCGAGCCCUGAUGAAACCGAUACUUCCAUCAAGCAGGAGAACAGAGAGGAAAGGCAACCAUAUUUUCCUGAAACUAGCCACCAUGCGGAGAUAAAUUCGAAUGAAGGGUCGCAUAGAAGGCCAGUAUUCGCGGCUCAAGAGCUGUUUCCGAGUCCUGGUGGAAAAGCUUCAGCUUUAGCGACAUUCCAACCAUAUCAUGCAAUGACAGACUGGGUUCCCCCCGUGCAAGUCUCGUUCCCAUCCGACCAGGAGUUUCAAAGAUCGAGAACCGAAUAUCAACCACUACAAGUAAACGAUGACUCUUGGGAUGUGGAUCCUUCGAGACAACAAGAAGGGCAUCUCAAUGCAGAUUUCAAGGGCUCUGGACCGUCAGAAAUCCAAUCGGGGACAAACUUGGUGGCAAAACCAAGCUUCGACUACUCGGUCCAGGACGACGAUGACCCAUUUGAUGUCUCUGAUGAUGAUAUUAUCAUGGAAGAUGACAACGUUGCUUGGCAGGACAAUUUGCCGGACCAACAUAGGAAGAGCAAUGACCUUGGCAUACAGGUUGUCGUGGCCAUGAAGAACGGUCAACCAUUUCAAGAAACCCAUCUGCGCUCAGUAUCGUCAUUCAUCAAUUGCCCAAACAUGCUCGCUACGUAUGUUCCAUCUCCUCAAGCCUCGCCAUUAAACGACCCUAUGACAGCACGGAUUUUCUGCCACUUUAUUAAUGUAACUGGUCCGUGUAUUUCAAUGUUUGAGAGACAUCCUGCCAGUCCGGCACUGAUAUUUCAAGGGCAACCUGUACCGGUAUCACAACAGCAUAUGUGGACUUGUAAGUAUUUGCCACCUUCCAUGCUUGAAUGCUUUCGCCCAACACACCUGUCUCGUUUACAGAACAACCAUUGACAUUAAGCAGACACAUUUCCAGCGUUGGCUCUUCGAAACCCAGCACUGCUACAUUCUAUGCUUGCAGUUGCUAGUCUACACAUUGCACAGGUUCAAAAUGGACUGGUCACAGCAUCGUUGAAGCAUUAUGCAAUUUCGCUGCGAAGAGUGGGAAAGCUGAUCAGUUCACCAAAACAGAGCGAGCCAGCUACACUGGCAGCUGCUCUAUUACUUGCAUUCUACGAGUGUUGGUGUGCAGAUCACCAGAAAUGGAGUAACCAUGUUAUGGGUGCACGGCAACUAAUACGGUUUAUUGAUUUCGCUGGCAUGGCUAGGCAUAUUAAACAAACCAAAAUAAGACAACGGCAAAAUGAGCGUAUAAGAUAUUAUCAGACGCAUCCACAUGAAACUGGAAAUAAUGCUUUUGAAGAGAGAAUGCGAUACCAAGCUUAUAUGGAAGAUAUUGAUGAGAACCUUGUUGGCAUUUUGGUGGGUAAAAACGUUUGUUACGACCAACACGGACAGAUUCUAGACGACAUACCACAUGGUGCCUCUGAAAGGCAGUAUUCGGAAAAGGAUAUUGAGGCAUAUGAGAUCCAAAGAGAUCUUUAUUGGUGGUACUGCAAAGCCGAUGCGUAUCAAGGCAUUCUUGGAGGAGGCCGUUUGUUGUAAGUUGACCACCUCGAUUCUAAGCGCUAUGGACUAAUUGUGAUUAGUAUGGAUUACGAACUGUGGGCCAACUGUCCACCCAGAGCACCUAUUGGUCGUCUGAACGAAACGUAAGAAUAAAUCUUCAGUACAGGUAAACAAGCUAACAAGUCGGGUAUCAGAUAUGGUACCUACGAUCACGUGAUACUCUUAAUGGGUCGCUUAGUCGAUUUUGCCGCCAAAGAUCUCAAGAGAAAGCGUCUGGCCAUGAAAGCCAAUGGUGGGUAUAGACCACCAAAUUCGUCCAGUCAGCAACACAAUGGAGGCGAGUUUCAAGGUCAUGCUGCUCCAAAUCAGCCACCUCCUCAGCAAGCACCGCCUCAGAUGCCAGGUUUUGACGGCUUGCUUCCAGUAGUUAAACCGCAACUUCCUAUGGGCUUCCCAGGACAUGUAUCAGACGCCGGCUCUCCUCAAUCUCACCGCGGCGGGGAAUCAGACCUCGCAGCACAGCUUGCAGAAGCAGAGGAAGAGUGGCAAGCAAUCCGAAAUGGGUUUUCCAUCCUCGAAGACCAUUUCGGGGAGGAUUUGCAAGCCCUUGGACCGGAGUUCUCUACGCCCAUACAAAGUCCCUUUGGUACUGCGCUACAGUAUAGGACCUAUGGGAUUGCUGGAAUAUGGAUGAGCUUUCAUAUGGGGGUUAUAGUUUGUCAUCGUGCUCAUCCUAGUAUGCCACCCGCUGCUAUGAUCGCUCAAGGCAUUGCAGCGCGACAGACUGCCUAUCAUGCUAAUGAGAUUGGGAGGAUUAUGUCGGGGAUUGCUCCGGAUUGUGACAUUGCUCCAGAAAUUAAUCCGAGGGUCGCUGCGGCGUUGAUGGAGUCUACUAUGGGGAUAUUCAUUGCUGCUGUACAGGUAUGUGUCCCUCCCUCUUCCUGUUGUUCCAUCACCCCCUCUUCCCAGACCAAUUGGAAGAAAAGCAGAAAUUAACCAAACAACAGUACCAAGAUGCCCACCAACGUCGCGCAACCAUCAACCACCUUCGCCACGUCGCCCGGCUCACCGGCUGGCAAACCGCCAUCGCAACUGCCAACGGCCUCGAAACGACCUGGAUCAAAGCUGCUGAAAUGGGCAAGGGAGCACCCCAUACCGCGUGUGAGGAUCUGAUCAACGUGGUGAGAAAACACUCCCGCGGGGACAGCUCCUCGGAGCUUUUGAACAUUGGGAGGAGAAUUGAUCGUGCGUUCGAGGGACGCACGGGCGAGGAGAAGAGGGCGAUCUUGAGUUCUGGGGGGAGGGCUCAUUAUGCCCUCGGUGUGUUGGGGUUGGAGAGUGAUCUUGAGGGGUUGGGGUUGGAUGAUGAGGAGGAGAAGGUUCGUGAUGAGGGGGGAUAGGGGAAAAGUUAUAGAUAGAUGAGUG